GAUCCUACUGAAAAUAUGCUAGAAGUCACACCCUUUUUAACAGCACAGGUAACGAAGUUUAGAUGUGGAGGUUUCACUGUAGGAAUCGCAUUUAAUCACUGCAUGUUUGAUGGUACCUCUUUAAUGAAUUUUAUGAACUCAUGGACUGAAAUAGCAAGAGGUAGACCGUUAUCCCUCAUCCCUCGUCAUGAUAGAACCAUUAUGAAGUCAAGGGUUCCUCCUCAAAUCACUGGUACUUCCGACAGCUUUGUUCACAUUAGUGAUGUAUCAGACUUGAAGGCAUUAUAUGAGGAAGAGCAAAUUGUGUGGAAAUCUUUUCACUUUGACAAUCAAAAGUUGGCAACCCUUAAAAAAAUGGCGACAACUGAUGAACAGAUCAUAAGCAGCUGCUCCAGCUUCGUAGCACUUGCAGCCCUAGUGUGGCGGGCUCGAACCAUCGCACUCAAGAUGAAACCGGACCAACUGUCAAAGCUUCUUUUUCCUGUUGAUUUACGGUCUAAGAUGAAACCGCCAAUGCCCGGAUACAUCGGGAAUGCCGUCAAAGCUUGCUGUCUCUGCACCGCAGGAGAGUUGAUCGAUGAGCCAAUGUCUUUCACCGCGGGGAGGAUACAGGAGGCAAUCGAGAGGGUGAACGAGGACUACGUGUGGUCGUGGAUACACUCCUUGGACGUGUAUCAAUUCGACCUUCUCUCGUUGACCUCGCUAGUGUUGGUUUCGUGGCAAAGGUUUGAUUAUGGCUCCACGGACUUUGGAUGGGGAAAGCCAAGGACUCUUGGCACUGGUGACCUGUCGCCAGGUUGUCUAUUUAUGGCGGAUGGGAGUGAGAAGGGGGGCAUUGUGGCGGUGUUGGUUUUGCCACUUUUGGCUAUGAACACAUUCGAGAAGCUGGUACAACUUGAGUGA